AUGAGCUCGCCCCAGCAGCAACCUCAUGGCUCCGGCAGCCCUCGAGUGGGUUCCUUCAAGCGUCCUUCCGUCCUCAACCCCGACCACGACCCCUAUCCCUUGACCACAAGAGGCAGCGGUGCCUUGGUCACUCUCAUCAGGAACCGCUCCUCGGCCACUCUGCGCGAAUCUCUCAAGAGCCCGGCCUACCAUCAGCUGGGCCACGAUGAGGACGAUCACGAGGGCCAGUCGCUGCUGGGCUUCCUCCACAGGGACUCGGACGACGACCACCGCCGCUCCGCCGCCGAGGAGCGCCGACUGAGCGAGAUCAUCUUUGGCCCUCAGAUGAGGAGUAUGCGCCUUAUCGGAAACAGCAACCCGCGCUAUCAAUGGGAACGCUACUGGAAGACCGAGGCCGAGCUACAGGCCAUGUCAAAGCCUAUACGCGAAUAUUACGAGAGAAACAAUGACCUCAUUCGCAUGUACCUCUACAUCGACCAGCUUCUGGAUUCCUCAGUACCCCACGAUCUGCUCAACGAGUACCACCAAGCUCUGGACGCCUCAGCAUUUCGUCCGGUUGACGUGCCCCAAACCAUCACCGAAGAGUCGCCAACUCCUACCUCCCCUCCGUCGCGCGGUGGCCCCGGCUAUGGCAGCACUGCUUCAGUCCAAAACAGCAGCACGGAGCACAGCAGUUCGGCAAACAGCAUUCAGCAAAAGGUAAAACGCACGCCAAAGGACAUUUUUCGGCCCACCGAGUCCACCCCACUCCUAACGCUCAACGGCCACGACGAGGAGGAAGGUUUAGCCGAAGACGCAGACGCCCCCAAGCCCGAAAUUCCCUGGCUCGAGGAUGCCGAUGUCGACAGCAGUGAUCCUAUCGUCACUCUCGCCAUUUGGGUCAAUUUCAUUGCCAACGGUAUCUUGCUGUUGGGAAAGAUCAUUGUCGUCUUCUCCGUCCCUUCCGUCUCCGUUCUCGCCAGCUUGGUCGACGCCGUUCUUGAUUUCCUCAGCACCGCCAUCGUGUGGACCACGACCAGACUCAUUGCUGCCAGCCAAAAUGACCAGCACUCGUACCCUGUUGGUAGACGACGUCUCGAGCCUCUUGGCGUUCUGGUCUUCUCCAUCGUCAUGGUCACAUCGUUCUGCCAGGUCGCUCUUGAAGCCAUCCAACGCCUCAUGUCGCCUGAACACGAAAUCAUCCAAUUAGGCAUUCCGGCCAUCGCCAUCAUGGUCGGGACCGUCGUCAUCAAGGGCCUGUGCUGGCUCUGGUGCCGUGUGAUCAAGAACUCCAGCGUUCGAGCCCUGGCGGACGAUGCCAUGACCGAUGUCAUUUUCAACACUGGCUCCAUCCUUUUCCCCAUCGUCGGCUUCUAUGCCAAGAUAUGGUGGCUGGAUGCUCUCGGCGGUCUUUUGCUUUCCGCUGUCGUAAUUUUCAAUUGGAGCCAAACUUCAAUGCACCACGUUCGCAACCUGACGGGCUUCUCGGCCACUUCGGAUGAAAGAAACCUCUUGCUCUACCUUACCAUGCGCUUCGCAACGUCCAUCAGGCAGAUCCAAAACUUGCGCGCCUACCAUGCCGGCGACAAGCUCUUCGUCGAAGUUGACAUUGUCCUCUCGGCCAACAUGCCGCUCAAGGACAGCCACGAUCUCAGUGAGGUUUUGACCUACUUCCUGGAGUCGGUUCCCAUUGUUGACCGGGCUUUUGUGCACGUCGACUACGCCACGUACAACGUCGACACACAUAUCACGCAAUAA